UCAUAAGUUAAUGUUAAUAGAACAUCAAUUCUCAUACAGGAAUAUUAUGUCUGCCGAAGCCUCUCAAUGGUUCUAGUGAAAAACCAAAAAAAAUGUAACAAUUUGAAGUGACUUUCCACCGGCUCGAUGUUUUUGACCAACAAAAAGUUAGAUGUUAAAUUUUUCCUAUGGGGUCUGUUUCUGCUGCAAAUAUUUUUGAUAUCAGUGUUUCUCGCGUUUGGAUCGUUUUUGGUCAGCAAUAUCCAUCAGGAUGAGCCAAUUGGCAACGACGGAUCGGUGAACCACCUGCCGGCUGCAUCGAAAGAUACCAUUCAGUCAACAGCGUCAUCCUGGUUCAAUGUGAAAUUUAUCAGUAAUCAAAGUUUUCCUUCGAUUACAUCAAAUGAAAACCCAACGAUUUCUUGGCAAGAAGCCGAAGGACAUCCGAGACACCCACGGUUCAAGCCCAUGCGGCUAAGGGCGGUUGCUGAGCCGGAUAAAUACACCAAAUACUAUAGGUCAAUAUAUUAUCACGAUGGCUACCGGGAGCAGCAAAAACUGUGCUUCAUCGAAGGAAGCCUCAUCCCGGAGGAAAAGUCAACCGUACAGAAAGUGGUCACACUUGUGGGUACUCCACAUACGAAGCAAACUAAUGAGACUGAACUGGAAACAGGCCAAUUAGAUAUAGUUGCGAGAGAGUUGGACGAACAGAUGAUUGAGGAUAGAGAGGACACGGGAAGCGAAAUACUUCCAGAUGGUCGCUGUCAGUGCCUUCCAGAGUGGCACGGACCGGAUUGUGGGCAACCGGAGGUGCUUUGGAGAGCAUUUAUUGCAUCGAAGAUCCCACCAAGAAAUCAGACGACUGCCCCCCGCAAAGUACCCAAACGGGUAUUUUACAUAAUUGAUACUAACUUUAUCAGCGUGGAAGUGCUAGAAAUUCAAAUAAUGGAACUGAUAGAUGUCGUCAGUAUGUUUGUACUGUGUGAUAGGCAACUUUCUGUGGUGGAACGAAUGAAAAGCGAGACUUACUCUAUAGGGGCACAUAUGAAAAGUACUGAUUUCUUGAAGCAGACAAGAGAAAGGAUUCUACUAUUGGACGAUCCGAAUUGUAGCGGAAAAAAUAUCUUCCGCAAAAUGAAAAAAUAUAUCAACAAAAAAGAUAUGCACCCAGAGGAUAUUCUAUUGUUUAGUCAAACGGACGAGAUUUUAAGCCGCCGGGCGGUCAACUAUUUUCGUUGGUACGACAAUUGGCCGCAACCGGUUAGAUUUCGAUUGAAGUAUAAUGUGUUUGGCUUCUUCUGGCAACAUCCGGAAAAUACCCGUAUCGGCAGUGCAGCCUGUCAAUUAAGUACUGUGGACGAAGUUUAUCGGUCCGACCCAGAGGCCCUGCUGCGGAUCGAUAAACCAGUGAUGAUAAUUGGUGAUCUGAAUCAUUAUGGUGGAUGGUACUGUCGCCACUGUUACCAACCAAUAGAUAUAGUGAAAUAUUUAGAAUUCAUAGCUACAGUCAAUACUACUACUAAUAGUGGUAGCGUUAGCGGAACUAAUCAAUCGUCAUAUCUUCCUGAUCCAAGAAAAAGCAACGUCAUGAAUGAAGAGUACGUUCAAAACCUGAUCGCUAGCGGGAAGUACUUUGACGGAAACAUAAAUUUGGCGAAAAUUCAGCGCCAUACGGACAAGUACUAUGCACCAGAAUAUGUCCGCAAAAAUAGCUGGCGGUUCGACAACAUUGUCAUAAAUCUGUUUGCCCGGUGGGAAGACAGCGUAAUUGACGAUGAAUACUUUAGCUAAGCGGCAUACAUACAGCAGUGUCAACACCGUAAUCAAGCACAACAUAAUCAUCUCAGAACAAAUAAACUUCCUAUCGUAUAUACUCAUCACAACACCAUACAGCAUACAGUUCGGUAAUAGUGAAUACAAACAUAGCCAAAAUUUCUACUCCAUUCAAUACUCUAAUCAUAAUCUCAAGAGCGAGCUUGGUAUGUGUGCAGAGGACAGUUGAAAAUCACAACUUUCAACGUAGAGAAUGUAAUACAUACGAAUGAAACUAAUGCUUAGAUAGUGCACCAUUAAAAAAAUUUGCCUAUUUUCAUAUAGAUUUGAAAUGAACUAUUUUUAGACAAAACGAUCGGCACAUAAUGGAGGAAAAUAUGUUGAACUCAGAAUAAUAGACACAUUUGGUAACACCAUCUUUGAUUCAAUUAAACUAAAUAUACCUAACUAAUCUAUGUACUGAUAUUCUAUAUUAAUCAGUAGAUUCUUUUUUGUAACUGAGUUUGAUGCAGGUAUUCUAAGUGAAAGUGUAUGAUUAUGCAAUUGCAAUUGUCUAACUUAAGCACGGUUACGUGCCCAAUGUGAUUAUGCUUCCUUUUUUUGUUUGAU